GCCCUCUUGCACUCUCGCGCACGCUACGGCAAAAUGACGUAUCCCUCAUAUCCACACAGGCAGCCAGCCGUCAAGCUGGCUGCUGCAGUCAGGCAGGGGCGUUCGCAGAUGUCAAAAACUACAACAAUCGUCGCAACCAUCCCAUCUUCACACACGAUCGCUCCAUCCAUCCAUCCAACCAUGUACUCGAGGCAUUACCCUCAUCCAUUGAGCCAUGAAUUGCAUGCAAUGAGCCACGAAGUCAUUUGCAAUCAGUCACGCACCAAGGGCAUGCAGGCAGCAGCGGGGGCUCGUUAUCUUUGUAAGGGCAUGGCCGCUCCAAAGGUUGGCGCGGCUGCCACUCAAAAAACACAGGGGAAUCGACACUCAGCCAGCCAGCCAGCCAGCCAGCCGGCCAGCCAGACGUCCAAACAGGCAGGAAGGCAGGGAAGGAAAGAAAGAGGGAAGGAGCAAGCUCGCGCGAAAAUUCAGGGAAUCCGUCCGUCCAUCCAUCGUGUAUGUGUAGAGCUGUAAGUGCGCGAGUGAGGGCAUGGCACAGCGACUGAAUUGUAAGCGAGCCGGGGCCCUCCCAAGCCUCCCUCAGAACGAAAGGCAGACAGACAGACAGACAGGCAGACAGACAGACAGAAAGGCUAAUGCGAUGUAUGUGCCCUUCUUCGUGUGGGCGGGUGUGGCGUAUAUGUGUGUGUGUGUGUGUGUGGACAGAUUGCUACAAAUAUGUCAGUCGAACGAAGGGAAAGAGGUGAGGACGCGUCCGUGUUGUGUCUGUGAAACAGGUGUGAAAUAAACAAACGAAAAAAGACAGGUGCGGGUGUGAAAGAGUGGGCCAUCGAUGCAUCCCUCCCUCCCUCCCUCUCUGCCGAUCAGGGCCCCAUUGGUACGAAUCUGAUGUUUCUUUGCGGAUACAGACGAUAUAGGCAGACAGGUGGACAGACAGCAUCAUGAGACUAGGUAGGCAGACUCAGGGACGCACGAACAACCCAUUGAUUUCACCCGUUCAUCCAAUUACGUCGUUGCAUAAUUCAUGCAGUGAGAGAGUGACAGAGUGAGGGAGGGGGAGGAUGUGCAUGUCAUGAUAUAGAGGUGGCACUCUUUCGUAUCAUGCGUACACACACACACACACACUCACACACACGUAUACAGACUACACACACGUACACACACGUACACAUACAUACAUAUAGACGUCACGUACGUAUACAUCGGUGUAGACGAUCUGUCUGGGAAGGACACCCACCCUUCCACAACACACACACGGUGAAGUAGAUACGAUAUAGAGUCAUUAGACUACCGAAGUAGGUACUACGGAGGUCGGAAUAUAUCCUAUGGGACAGCUCUUGAAUGCGGGCGUACGAAUGAAAACACAACAUCGGACGACAGGCGAAAAAAGGCGACCGAGCCAGAAGGCAGAAAGUGCGUGCGCUGUGGGGAUGGGGUAGUGUGGUGGGCUGUGAGUAUGCACCAACACACGCUAUCGCGUGAGCCAUCGGAUCGAUGCGGUGCUGUCUUGCUCUGUAAGCAGUGAGUAGAAUGAGUGCGCGUCUGUGAGCGUGUGUGUGUGUGAGUACGUACGUGUGGAUCUGCCCAUGUUCCCCCCCGUGUGCACCAUUCAUUGAUUGAUCGACAGACAGGGUGCCAAAACACCAGACCAGACCAGACCAAACCAGCGUUCCUUUAUACCGUAUCACCGUUCCCAGCCCCCAGCCAGCAAUUCAUCCAUCCAUCCUUGCAGCCAAGUACAAAUCCUCCCUAUCUGUCCGUGUUGUGGUGCCCCUCCCUCCCUACUCCUCAUAUUGGCUGGGCUGAGCCAAAACAAGCUCUGCACACAGGCAGGCACAACAGACAACAAGGCGGGCCAUGUGUAUCGAUGGAUUUGUGUGUGGCAGUCUCGCUGUGUGCGGUGCGAGGGCCCGUACCUUGUUCCGAGAUGAAUGCGUGUGCAGACAGGAUGGCGAGUGGCGAGAGCCUCAUAUAAGGCAGGUACGCCAUGGGCGCCGCCAUUCCACUCCCCAUCACCAUCUGGCACGGCGACUGCACCCGCGUUGCCACCACAGGCUCGUCCGCACUCACAGUAGCCGGCGCGACCGCACUGCCCUCGCCCCAAUCGCCAUGCGCGCGCUGCUGGUGGUGGUGCUGGAGAUGGUAUGAGGGGGGCAUCUGCAUCUGGGUGGUGCUGGCCUCGAUGUUUGGCGGGGGCGUCAUGGCCAUAUCGCGGCGGUGUGCGUCGGGGUGGCCAUUGCUGUUGGCAAUGGAGAGCGGUGGCGUGGUGGUGGUGGUGGUGGUGGUGGUGGUCGUUGCGGUGUCUGUGAGGGGGGAGAGGGGGGGACGGGUGUAGUUGUGGGUGUGGGAGGGGGACAGGUGGCUCUCGCUCGGGCUCGUGCUGCUGCUGCUGUGGCUGCUGUAGCUGCUGUGCGCCAACAGCGGCGCCAUCGAAUACGCCAGCGCUGAGCCACAACGCACCGCAACAAAAACAAUGAGGGGGGAUCAUCUUCGCUGACCGGCAGGCAGGCUGACCUUUGUUUCGUCGUAUGUUUUUCUUCUGCUUCUUGUUGUGCUUCCAGUAGCGCGGGUCAACCUCGAUGUCCUGACAGCAGCAGCAACACGCCACACAGACACAGACAAUCAGGCCUACUGCGUUGCCGGCUGACUGACUGACUGUCUGACUGUUUGACCUGAUAGUCAGGCCUGGGCCGCAGCUCGCUCUCACUGUGAGCGAAGUUGCACCGGUCCGCACGCACACAACGGUCACCGGCCAGCCACGGACACCUGCAAAACACACACGAACACACAAACAACCACGCGCAGAGAGGGAGGCGUUGGCUGCUCCUUCGUCUGCCUGUUGCCGGUGACGUGUGCGUGUGUCUGCUUACAUUUUGGUCUUCUGGAAUACGUUCCUGAGGUGUUCCUUCUGCUUGGUCCUCUCCUCCUCGCUCAUGGGGACGUCAUCUUUGUCCGCCGAGGCCGCCGUGGCGCCCCGCUUCGGGAGGGCGGCGUCGAGCAUCACCACCAGCAUUGUGGAGGGCUCGACGGGGUCAUGUGAG